AUGACCCGACGUCCAGUGGCGGCGACGAUCCGGCUGACGGUGCCGGUGCCUCCGGUGGGGCCCGCUCUGGGUCAGUACCGGUUGAAUCUGAUGGCAUUCUGCAAGGAUUUCAACGCCCGAACCCAGAAAUACAAGGCCGAAACCCCAAUGGCGGUGACGAUCAGCGACAACACGUUCGAGUUCGCGGUGAAGUCUCCGUCGGUGACAUGGUACCUGAAGAAGGCGGCGGGGAUCGAGACCGGGAGCGGGCGGCCGGGGCACGUGAGCGUGUCGAUGAUAACGGUGAAACACGUGUACGAGAUCGCGAAGAUCAAGCAGAGCGACCCUUACUGCCAUUAUUGGGACCGCCAAUUCCAUGGGGAUCAAAACCUCUAGUCUAGGUUGAAAACCUUUAUGCUUGUAAUUAUAACAUGAUAUAUGUCAAAACCUCUCGUGGAAGAUUGACUUAUUCACUUCUCUAUUUUAUUUGGUUAACUGCUAACUUACAAAUGCUUGAAUUUGAGAUAUGUGUAAAUCUAAAUGGUAUAGGAGUCCAGACUAGAGACCAAUAAUACGGAAUUGAAGAACCGUUGAACUUAUAAAUGCUUGUAUUUGAUUGCUAUGAAUAAAACAUAAAUUUCACUGCAAUAAUAGAGACAAUGAUACACUCAAAGUGACAAA